CUGAGAGGAAGCAUGGAAGAGCCGCGGACGGGAGGAGAGACGCGAACUCGGGCCGGGGCCGGGCUGUGCGCGGGGAGUCUGGGACAGGGAAUUCUCCGUAGGCUCCCCAGUUGCUUUUCCUGCCCUUUGGCCCCAUUGACUUUUGGGGGGCGGCGAGAAGAGAAGCCGAAUUGCUUCCUAGGAGUGCCCUCAAGCACCCGCUUCCUGUAGGCACGGAACCUCUUGUUUCUCAGUGGCCUCCCUAGACCCUGCUGACAGACAUCUCGUCGCCUUGUGAGGGCUGUGUUUUCCAUGUUGACUCACGUGUAGUUUGGAGAUGUUCGAGGACCGCAUGUGUGUUUUUUUAUUGUACCUGUUAUGUGGCUUCAUGUUUCUCACAUGUUGUCUGUUCUUGCAUGUUGACUUUAGCACGCUAAGCUUACAGACCUUAUUUGCUUUGGCCUCACAUACUGUGUCCAUGGCCCCCAUUGGCAGCAGGCCUUUCUCCGGCCCGGCGCGCACAGGACUCAACCUGGUGAUUGGACCGGCCUGUUUUCCUAGUUAGGCUUCUCACUACGUGUGUACCCACAGGAAGAUUCACGGAAAGCGCUGAUGUGACCGGUCCGUAGUGCGUGUGUUCUGGUCACGCCCACCAUUUAUUUCAAACAUUCAGGAUCAGCAUAACCCAGAUAGGCUCCCUUAAUAUUUCCAUAUAAGAGAAAGUAACCUGGUCCCCAAAUCCCCACGGGCCCACCCUUACCUGCCCUAGCCAGCGGCCUCCUGGCCCUCUGCACAAACUGUACCUCCACCAGCUCCAGUGCAUGUCACAGAGCUCAGAUGUGAACCUGGUGACAUUGUGCCCCAUCCUUUGCACUCUCGGCCAUAUUUGAUGACAGCAGCAUCUUCCCCUGGUGGCCCCUUGAUACCAUUCUUCGCCUGUCUUCGUGAAGUCACUCUGCCUUCCCUGUGGCUUUGUGUGCGUGCACGUGCACACAGAACGGGCUGGGCGCAUUCAGUAUUUUCUUAGUGACUUCACAGUGAGUGGUUCUCGAGAGGAUAGCUGUCUGAUUCAUGAUCAGAGCCACUAUCUCUGUCAUUGAUGAUGGCUGCGCGUGCAUAUACAGCCUUAUAAUCUGGUCAGCCCGAGUUUAUUGAGCACCUGGUCUACCUUCUCCUGGCAUUGGAGAAAAGAGAGCCCCUGUCCUCGAGUUGCACACAAUUGGCACCCAGACGGUGGGUGCCAGUGAGCGGGCAUGUGCUGUAUGGUGGUGUCCUUAGCAGUGCUUCUUAAACCUGCGUGCAGUAACACUCACCUGCAGUUUGUUACGGAACGGGCUGUUUGGCCUGAUGCCCAGGAUUUCUGAUUGAGUCUAUCUGGGUGAGGUCCAAGAAUUUGUAUUUUUACACCCUGAGCACCACUGAUCGAGACAAAGGUUAUCAUGGCUGGGGAUUUAGCUUAGUGGCACCAUGCCUGCCUUGCAAGCACAAGGUCCUGAGAUCAAUCCCCGGUGCCAGAAACAACAAACUAUCAGAAAAAUACAGGCCUGCCUGGGUUCCAGAACAGGGCUGAGGGUGGCAAGAGAAGAAGCAGAGAGGGUGCGCCCCGGCCAGGGGAAAGCGUGUUGUAGGCGUGGCAGCAUGAAAUCAGCAAAGGAGAUGUGGUUGGAGAUGUAAACAGAAGUUAGCUCGUCAAAAGGGCCUCGGGCAAGACAGGGAAAUGCUCAGGUUUGUGUUCAAGAAAGUGAAAGGCGAGUAGGGGGAAACUGAAACUUGCUGGGGUCUGAAUUUCGGACUAGUGAGAUGGGCAGCCCAGAGAGCCGUGGCCGGUUUCCUCCGCUACCUCUUGCUUUACCUCUCACCUCUCACGAACCUCAGGCCUACCAGGGAGUAGCAUCCCGGUAAGUCGCAGGCUUCACCUGUGACCCUCUGCCCAGGAGGGAGGAAGGAAGCAGAACCUGGAAGGCAGGUUCUGCUGCCCACACCUCUUCAGCACCUGUUUUCCUCUUCUGGAGCCAAGUCGGUGGUGUGAUGUUCGUUUCAUUCUCUGCCUCCUCAUCCCAUGUGAGGAGGCCUUCCCUCUACCUGCCUGGCCACGUUGCCACCCUAUGGCUAGGAGGGCGAUGAAAUAGGAUGGGGGCAAGGUAUCUGAGGAUGGAAGAGGCUGCCUUGAGGGGAGAGGGACUUUUCUAGGUGACAGCACGGCAGCGGCUUAGGUGCCCAGGCUGCCUAGGCUCAGUGUGGAAACUGCCGAUUGGCGUCUGGAUGACCUCAAGUGGCCAGAAUGGAGCUGUGGCCCGGGGCAUGGACGGUGCCGCUGCUGCUGCUGCUGCUGCUCCUGCUCCUGCUGCCCACCCUGUGGUUCUGCACCCCCAGUGCCAAGUACUUCUUCAAGAUGGCCUUUUACAACGGUUGGAUCCUCUUCCUGGCUGUGCUCGCCAUCCCUGUGUGUGCCGUGCGAGGACGCAACGUGGAGAACAUGAAGAUCUUGCGUCUCAUGCUGCUCCAUAUCAAAUAUCUGUACGGGAUCCGAGUGGAGGUGCGAGGGACUCACCACUUCCCUCCCUCGCAGCCCUACGUCGUGGUCUCCAACCACCAGAGCUCCCUGGACCUGCUUGGGAUGAUGGAGGUGCUGCCAGGCCGCUGUGUGCCCAUUGCCAAGCGCGAGCUGCUGUGGGCAGGCUCUGCCGGGCUGGCCUGCUGGCUGGCCGGAGUCAUCUUCAUCGACCGGAAGCGUACGGGGGACGCCAUCAGUGUCAUGUCAGAAGUCGCCCAGACACUGCUCACCCAGGACGUGAGAGUCUGGGUUUUUCCUGAAGGAACAAGAAACCACAACGGCUCCAUGCUGCCCUUCAAACGUGGGGCCUUCCAUCUUGCAGUCCAGGCCCAGGUUCCCAUUGUGCCCAUAGUCAUGUCCUCCUAUCAAGACUUCUACUGCAAGAAAGAACGCCGCUUCACCUCGGGGCGGUGUCAGGUGCGGGUGCUGCCCCCAGUGCCCACAGAAGGACUGACGCCAGACGACGUCCCAGCGCUCGCCGAUGGAGUCCGGCACUCCAUGCUCACCGUCUUCCGGGAAAUCUCCACCGAUGGCCGGGGAGGCGGCGACUGUGUGAAGAAGCCCAGGGCACUGGGCGAGGCGGGGCUCUGAGUUCCCUCUCCCUGUUUCCUCCUCACCCUGCCAGCCCAGCGGCCCAGAGGAGGCCAACCUCUCCUCUCUCCUCCCCCUUGCUCUCUUUUGGUCUUCUGAAGUGAACCUGGACAGUCCCCUCCCUCCCUCCACUCUGACCCCGCCUCCCGCCGUCUCGUCUGUGGCGUGGCCGCCCUCAUCUGGAGCAGCUCAUGCGUCGGGAGGCUGGGGGACGCUCCCCAGGAGUCCCCUGCGUCCUCACCCUCUCCACUCAUUGCCAGUGAACUCAUGCGUUCUGUGGACCGGUCCACCCCUCACCCCCGAGCCGUGGACUCGCACCGUCCCGUCAGUGUGGGAGGAGCACAGGCGCAUGCCUGGGCCUCAGCACCUCCACACGCCCUCCCGGGGAGCCCCCCAGUGGGCUGGACUCUUCUCACUCAGAGCUCUCAUCCCCACCCCUGCCAGACGCCCAGGGUCGGGCACACUCCUGGAUGCCAGUUGGGUCUCUGAGUUCCUGCUUCCCCUGCACCGUGGUACAAGUCCUCCGCGGUCCGGACCUACGCAGCCCCUGCAGCAUCCUAACCAGACCCAGGGAAAGGCAGACCUCGGGCGCUGUGCUCACCGCUCCCUGGACCCUGGCUAGAGGGGAAAAGAGGGCAUUUAAUUUAUUUCUCGUUGUUUUGAGGCUUCCCCCUCAAACGUUUUCAUUUCUGGAAGUGGCGUUGGCCGCUCCCCCCGCCCCCGCCUCCAGUCCUGUUUCCGUGACUGGGGAGGUAGGCUGGGAGCAAAGGAGAGGGGGGCUCAGUUUUGUGUGGUUGAUUUUUAUUAAUUAUCUGGAUGACAGCAGGCAGCCCAGAAUAAAGAGAGAGAAAGUGGG